CAGGUCAGGGAGAGCGGAUAUAGUGAAUGCAGGGUCUGGGGAGAGCGGAUAUAGUGAAUGCGGAGAGUGAUAUAGGGAAUGCCGGGUCCGGGGAGAGCAGAUAUAGUGCAUGUGGGGUCCGGGGAGAGCGGAUAUAGUGAAUGGGUGGUCCGGGGUAGAGAGGAUAUACUGAUAUGCGGGACCAGGGAGAGCGGAUAUAGUGCAUAUAAUGCGGGGUCCGGGGAGAUGCAGGAUAUAGUGAAUGCAGGGUCCGGAGCAGAUAUAGUGAAUGGGUGGUCCAGGGAGAGGCAGAUAUAAUGAAUGCGGGGUC